AUGCCCGAGAACUGCAUCAGUGUUUGGUGUGAGGGACUACUGCGGACAAGAUUUGUGAUCGUGGAGAACGGGUGCCGUAACUCACGGCCGCUCACGGAGAAACGCGGGCUAGUUCUGCAGGUAGUGGGGGCAGCCAGCCUCCGCACCCUCUGUUCGGGAUGCCAUCGGGACGCUGGUGUUAAUCUGCAACACCUGCGGGAGCUCAGAGCUGGAGAAACGCUUCGGCAGCUCAGGAUUCGGGCCAGAGAGGGAGCCCGAGCUGCCGUCGGUGUUUCAGGUGACGCUCCCGGUGCUGAGAUGUGUUUGGCGCGCCGGCAGAAGCGGGGACGGGAACGAGCGGUCCCGACCGCGGUGACUCCCGUGCGCUCUCGGUCAGACGGCGGUGGCGCGAUCAGUGUGUCUACUAAAGUAAACGACCUCUGCUGGCACGUACGCUGCCUCUCGUGCAGCGUUUGCAGAACGUCCCUGGGAAGGCACACCAGCUGCUACAUCAAAGAUAAAGAUAUCUUCUGCAAACUGGAUUAUUUCAGGCGCUACGGCACCCGUUGCUCCCGCUGCGGGAGGCACAUCCACUCCACCGACUGGGUGCGGCGGGCCAAAGGAAACGUGUACCACCUGGCGUGCUUUGCAUGCUUCUCCUGCAAAAGGCAGCUUUCAACCGGAGAGGAGUUUGCUUUGGUUGAAGAGAAAGUCCUUUGUAGAGUACAUUACGACUGCAUGUUGGACAAUCUGAAAAGAGAAGUUGAAAAUGGUAAUGGGAUUAGUGUGGAAGGAGCAUUACUAACAGAACAAGAUGUUAAUCAUCCAAAACCAGCAAAAAGAGCUCGGACCAGCUUCACAGCAGACCAACUCCAGGUUAUGCAAGCACAGUUUGCUCAGGACAACAAUCCAGAUGCACAAACGCUUCAGAAACUGGCAGAAAGAACAGGCUUGAGCAGGCGUGUUAUACAGGUGUGGUUUCAAAAUUGCAGAGCACGCCAUAAGAAACAUGUUAGUCCUAAUCAUUCAUCUACUGCUCCUGUCACUGCAGUUCAGCCCUCCAGGCUGUCUUCACCCAUGUUAGAAGAAAUGGCAUACUCUGCAUACGUACCCCAGGAUGGGACUAUGCUGACUGCUCUGCACAGCUACAUGGAUGCUCAUUCACCUACAGCUCUUGGACUCCAGCCUUUGCUACCCCAUUCAAUGACACAACUGCCACUAAGUCACACCUAAUUCCUUUCUGUCAGGGAUAUAAGCUAUUAAAGAUGUAACCUUGAGUCAUAGUGUAUUGAAAAUAUCAUUGGAAAGACAUUAAUGUUAACUUUUUAUUUAACACUUAAAGCAUUUUCAAGAUAACUUUUGCUGCCCAGGUAUGUAAGUAUAUUUAGCCUGCAAGACACUUUUAUGGAUUCUGCAUAAAUAACUAUUACAUUGUUUACAAGCCUUAUUAAACACCUUUUUGUAUUGUCUGGAAGUAGUCCACUCUAGUUAUGUGUGUGUUAAUUUAUUUGUCAUCAAAAGAGCACUUUGCCUAAAAGAAAGGACUGACAAUUGUGCAAAAUGUUUACAAUUCUUUGUGAAAUUGUAGUUUAUCAUUAGUUUGUAUCUGUAAGUUAUUGCUAAAAGUAUUACCUGUAUUUGAGUUGUAUACAGCCUAUAUGUUAAAGCUUAUUUCUGUGAGUUUACAAAAAUAAAUUUUGGUUGCAAAUAUUUUCAAAAAGAACUGAAUAAAGUUUCUGCUGUAGCAUGC